CCCCAGGUUUGCACCGUCUGCGUCCCCGAAGUGCGGCCGAAGAGAAGGCCUUCAGCGGGAACGAUGCGGACGGGUGCAGAGAGACCCCUGGAGGUUCCAAUGAGUACGCCUGAGCACAGGCAGUGCGUAUGAAAGGGAGGGAGCUCGCAGGCAGCGACGAAGACGGCGACACGAGCCUAUAGCUACAGCGCGAGCCAUGUUUCAGCGGCAUCGCCCAGCUUCCCAUGUUAUUGCUAGGCGGUCCUUCAUGAACGAUCCAUGCAGUUUUGUGUACAUCCCAGAGACAGGCGAGUACUUGCUAUGCUAUCAGUGGUCGGUGAGCACACAAGACAGCUACGGCGAGUGCUACGGGACAUGCACAUCCACAGAUCUCGUGGUCUGGCACGACAAGCCCUCAGCCAUCCAACGAGGCCAUGCCUCAUACGACUCGCAGGCUUGUUUUUCAGGCAGCAUCUUGCCACGCACGGAGCAUGGACACACUGUUCUGUACCUCUACUAUACAAGCGUCUCGUCCAUGCCCAUCUCUUGGAAGCUCCCUUACGUUCCAGGAUGUGAGACACAGUCGCUUGCUAUCUCACGAGACUUUGGCAAAAGCUGGCAGAGGCAUGCGGCGAAUCCCUUACUAAAACAGCCGCCUGCAGCGCACAAUACAACUGGCUGGCGGGAUCCAUUCGUGUCAGAGUGGCCAGCCAUGGCGAAGAUGCGAGGGAAAGCCGCUGUUACAGCCUACAUGUUGCUCUCUUCUGGGACGCGAGACGGUGGACCUUGUGUGCGACUCUAUGAAUCCUCAGACCUCGUCAAUUGGGCAGAUCUUGGUGUCUUGUUUUCUGCUCAAAGGAACGCACCUUUGACGCCGCCCGUUCCCGGUCUGCACUAUGGUGAGAACUUCGAGUGCGUUAGCUUCGCAACCAUCGGUAACAGUCUCUAUCUCUUUUGCGGCGUCGAAGCAGACAGUUCUCAAAGCACUCGCCACGAUGGUCACUUUGUAUUUUGGCAUCGAGGAACGAUACACAGUCCAGAAUGUCCUACGUUUGUGCCUAUUGCAUCGGGCACCCUGGAUCACGACAUCUUGUAUGCAGUCCACACAACAAAGACUGAGCAUGACUUGAUUCAGCUUGGUUGGGCAGACGAAGACGACAAUAAGCACAAGCUUGAGCAAGAUUGGAGUGGUGUUCUGGGCCUGCCGCGUAGGCUCUGCGAGCUGUCGGUGCCGAAACAACGCAUGAUUGACAGCCAUGCCUGGACGAGCCAUGGCGACCGCAUGACUACACUUGGUAUCGACGUCUACGCUGCUUCUCAUCUUUUGCGGUCCACGUCAAAGCACUACAAUGGCUACCAGCUUCAUGAGAUUGCUUCUGCUAGAUUUGAGCUUGACCUCGUCUUGUCAGUUGCUGAGCUGGUCUUUUGCUUCCGCAUGAAUGACCAGGAGUGUACGCGCAUCAUCGUGGACAAGGCUGCUAUUACACUGGAUCGUUCAAGGUCGUCUAAAGACAAUGGUAACACCCUCAUGAGAUCCGGUCCAUUCCAGCUACUCCAAGGAGAAUCGCUGCAUCUACGCGUCUUUUGCGAUGGCUCUCUGGUUGAGGUGUUUGCUAAUGGUCGUUUCUGCAUGACUUCACGAAUCUACCCGUCAUCGAGCAAUGCUCUAAGCAUGUCUCUGGAGACACCUCCGGGAGUGGAUUUGUCAAAUGUCUCUGUCUAUGCAGAUCUGAAGCCUGCUUGGCCAGGACGCAUAGCUUCAGCAUCUUUGUAGGCAAUCUCAUGCACCGAGUGGUCUCGUCAGAGACAUCGAUUGAUUGCAUUUGAACACCCAGCCCUGGUCCAGCUGAUAAAUAGCAUUUAUGAAAUUAUAGCAGCUUCUCGUCAC